UGUUGACUGACAGUGAGGAAGGUUGUUUUCGCUCCUCCUCAGAGAAAUGUGAACAGAGGGACAGAGAGGAGAGACAAACACAAAGCUAAAGAGAACUGAGGAUCACUGUUGUACAGAGGAACUGAGGGAACAGGUAGAUAUACGAGGCUGUCAGAUAUGAGUCUGGGGCCAGCCUGCAUUUUCCUAAGAGGAGCUAAAAGAGUUGAACGCCCGUUGGCUGAUGAGGAGAUAGACGAGUUACGGGAGGCAUUUAAAGAGUUUGAUAAGGAUAAGGAUGGGCUGAUUAGUUGUAAAGAUCUGGGCAACCUGAUGAGAACGAUGGGCUACAUGCCCACAGAGAUGGAACUGCUUGAGCUCAGUCAAAGCAUCAACAUGAACCUAGGGGGAAGAGUAGAUUUUGAGGAUUUUCUUGACCUCAUGACUCCAAAGCUGCUGGCGGAAACAGCUGGAAUGAUUGGACUGAAUGAACUAAAAGAAGCAUUUAAGGAGUUUGAUUUAGAUGGUGACGGCUCUAUUACAAAAGAAGAACUGAGGCAUGCAAUGUUAAAGUUAUUAGGUGAAACAGGAAACAAAAAGGAAAUAGAGGCAGUGGUCAGAGAAGCCGACAACAAUGGAGAUGGGAGUGUUGAUUUUGAAGAGUUUGUCAAAAUGAUGUCUAAAAAUUGAGAAGAUACCCAAGCUGAAAUCAUCAAUAUACUCUACAGACCACAGAACUGUGCAAAUAAGGGAACAGCAUAUAAACACAUUGUUUAGUAACUACGUCACUUUUUCUUUAUUAUAUUAUAUAUGACCUCAGGCACUGACUCCUAUAAACACUGUAUGUUAUAAUGAUGUCAUAUGUUAGUGUUAUGCAACUUUUUAAUGCUCGUCUGAUACACGAGAAUCGGAUUUUGGACAUGCAUACUUGAACUUUUGGCAUAAAAUCAAAUGAAAAC